AUGUACAGAACAUUCUCUUCGGAGAUGGACUCUCCAGAAAGUGCUGAGAAUCUCCGCGACAUAAAGCUGCCCUCCUUGACCAUUGUGAUGGCCAUGUUUUCUGCAGGGAUUGGAGGAUCGUUUCAGACUGGAUAUAACACGUCCAUCAUUAAUGCUCCCACCAUGGAGGUGCAGGCGUUCAUUAAUGAAACGUGGACCAUUCGGAACGGCACCAAUCUGCAGAGCGGGCUGCUCAAGCUCCUGUGGUCUGUAAUCGUUUCCGUUUUCACCCUUGGUGGAUUCCUCGGGACGUGGUUAGGAGGAUACAUGGCUGGCAAAUUUGGUCGGAAAGGGACCCUCUUGCUUGCCAACGUCUUCACCCUGGCUGGAUCUGUCUUCAUGGGAGCGAGCAAACCGGCCGGCAUCUUUGAGCUUCUAAUAGUGGGCAGGUUUCUUGUGGGACUACAUGCAGGUGCCAGCCUGUGUGUGCAGCCCAUGUACCUGGGAGAGAUCGCACCCAAGGUCUGGAGAGGAGUCAUCUCCAUGGGAACCUCCCUGUUCCUUACUUUAGGAAUCCUCGUUGGACAGAUAAUGGGACUGAGGGAGUUACUGGGCGGGGAACAUUACUGGCAUAUCCUACUCUCCACCAUCUGUAUCCCAGCUCUGAUCCAGCUCCUGAUGCUGCCAUGGUGCCCUGAGAGUCCCCGCUACCUCUUCAUUGACAAAGGACUGGAAGCUGAAGCCGUCCAGAGCCUCAAACAAUUGCACGGUGCUAAUUCUUAUUUGAGUGAAUUAGAGGACAUGGAGAAAGAGUGGAUGGUGAUACAUCUGCAGCCGUCAAAGGGGCUGUGGGGCCUCCUCAAAGACCGCUUGACUCGAUGGCAGCUCAUCACUGUGAUGGUGAUGAACGCAGGUCUGCAGCUCAGCGGCAUCAAUGUUAUCUACUUCUAUGCCACUUAUAUAUUCAGUGCUGCUGGAAUAGCACCGGCCUACAUCCCCUAUGUUACCAUGGGGACGGGAGUCUGUGAGUGUUUCUCAGCGUUAUGUUGUAGCCUUUUGAUUGAAUGGCUCGGCAGGCGGGUCCUCAUCAUCGGUGGCUAUUUCCUCAUGGCUGUGUGGUGUGCCGUAAUAACCAUUACACUAACCUACCAGGAUUCCUAUUUCUUGGUGCCCUAUAUGACAAUGACGUUUUUGUUUGCAUUUAUUCUGAGCUUUGGCCUGGGACCAGGGGGAGUGACCAACACGGUGACGGGGGAGCUGUUCACACAGAAGGCCCGGCCAGCAGCCUACAUGGCCAGUGGCGCCAUUAGCUGGCUCAGCUUCUUCCUCGUCAGUAUGACCUUCCCCCUGAUUGUGGAGACCAUGCAGCACCUCUGCUUCCUCAUCUUCCUCGUCGUGUGCCUCCUUGUCUCGCUGUUUGUCUACGUGGUUUUACCCGAGACUAAGAACAAGACCUUCGUGGAGAUCGAGAAGGAAUUUUGGGCUCGGAAUUUGCGGUGCGGUUUACCGAUUGCGCCUGCGGACGGAAUUAUGGCAGGUGUGACGUUGGCCGUUGUGAGGAAACCUUAAUGUUGCUGCCGGCGGCCAUCUUGGUUUGAGGUGGGACUGCAGGGCCGGAUGCAGCUUGUUCCAGUGACCAGCGGCGGUAGACGUCUCACGGCCACUCCACGUGUUUUGGAACAGCUUUGUUUGUUAGGUUCGCAGUUAAAAAAUAGAACAAUUUCAGCCUUUUUCUAAACCUGAUUAUCUCCUUGCUACAGUAGUGCCUCUUCUGACUAGAGUCUUCCUGCUCCACAGAUGAGAUGCUUCGUCAUCUGCUGAGUGUUGAUAGCAGUAGAUCUCAAACUUUUGAUUGGAAUAAAGUACAUAAUAAUAAUUUCAUGUGGCGAUUACAUAAAAUAGUCUUCCUUGUUUCUCCUGCACAGUUGUUACUUUGCAUGCACCAACCGCUUUCAGCAUUGAUUCCAGUCAGGAACAAUUCCAAUAAGGUG